AUGUUAUCCUCUCUUACCAAGGGCCUCAUUGCACAAGGCAAACGCUCUAUGAGCACGAUUCGUUAUUCUGAAUUUGGUCAUCCAUUAACUGUUCUCAAGAUUGAUGGAGAUGAUGAUGAUAAUGACAAGGAUGUGGCUCCAGGCAAAGGCCAAGUUGUCCUCAAGUUUCUAGCUGCACCAAUCAAUGUGGCGGACUUGUCGCAGAUUCAGGGAUCUUAUGGCAUUAAACCUAAACUCCCAGCCGUAGGUGGGAAUGAAGGUGUAGCCAUUGUUACAGCUAUUGGUGACGGUGUCACGAAUGUGAAAGUUCAUGACCGAGUCAUUCCAAUUCAUGCAAGUUUCGGCACGUGGCGUAGCAAAGCUGUGGCUCAAAGUAACGAUGUGAUGAAGAUCUCAGAAAAAAUUAAGAUUGAGGAUGCAGCCACACUGGCCGUGAAUCCAUCUACGGCCUACCGUAUGCUGAAUGAUUUUGUGACGCUCAAGAAGGGCGACGUGGUGAUCCAGAAUGGUGCGAACAGUGCCGUUGGUCAGGCCGUAAUCCAGCUGGCUGCUUUGCGUGGCAUUAAGACUAUCAACAUUAUACGCGAUGACGGUGACUAUGAUGAGACGGUGUCACAUCUGAAGAGUCUGGGUGCCACCGUUGUAUGUACGGCUGACUACAUGGGCUCGGCCAAGUUUAGAGAGUUGAUUUCGGACUUACCGGCUCCCAAGCUUGCCCUGAACUGCGUAGGUGGAAAGACCAGUCUCGAGAUGGCAAAGGUGAUGGCUAAAAAGGGAGUGCAUGUCACGUACGGCGGUAUGAGUAAGGAGGCUGUUGCCGUUGGCACGGGCACGCUCAUUUUCCACGACAUUACGCUGAAGGGUUUCUGGCUUAGUCAGUGGGUCAAGGACUCGACGAUCGAAGAACGUACGGCCAUGUUGUCAGAGCUUGCCGGUCUUGUGGAGGCUGGUAAACUGCGCACUUGGAUUCAGACAUAUAAGUUUGCCGACUUUGGUGACGCAUUACACGCUGCCGUGAACCGCACAACGAAGCGUAAGGUCGUCUUGCUCAUGGACUAG